AUGAAGGUGGCUACCACGAGUGCUAUCGGUAUGAUGGCAGCAGUUGUUGCUGCUGAUGCUAUCCACAUUGAAUCAAACCAUGGUGUUAACAAGGUUCUGUUCAAGAGAGAGGAUCUUGCAUUACAACCAAUGGGUAUCCCCGAAGGAGUAGCCAAAAGAGAAUUGCAAGAGUUUGAUAUGGAUCGUAUAAACGAUUUAAUCAAAAGAUUGAAUGAGCAUCGUGUUACUAAGGAUGAACAAACAAAAGAAUUAAGUAAGAGAGAAUAUCAAAUUGUUACUGAGGUAUUAAGUGCUAUUAAUGAUACCAACUUAGCUCCAAUUAUUUUGAAGUAUUUUGCUACUGAUCCAUUCUUUUCUCCCUUAGCUGUGGCAACAAUUGUUGCUAUUCUGAAAUCAGGGUUAAUCAAUUUGACUGUUGUUUUCAAGGCGUUAAAUGCUUCAGAUUUGAUUGGAGCAACAGUUAAAGAAUUGAUUAGUGAUUGUUCAUUAUAUGUUGAUCUUUUCAAUUCUGCAAAGAAAUAUAUUGGUAACCUUACUCAAUUUGUGAUCAACAAGAUUCUUGGAGGGUUAUCAAAAAGAGAACUUGAAGAAGAGUUAAUGUUAAUGAGUCGAAGAAGUGAAAUUCAACCAUUUGAUACUUUUGAAAUUGACAAACGUAUUGAUUAUUACAAUAUUGCUGUGAAUCUCUUAGAAUCAUUAAAAGAAUCUGGUUUGGUCACAUCUGUUGUCAAGGAUAUUUUAACUGAUCCUUCUUAUAUCCCUUUUGCUAUCCUGUUGGUUUCGGCCUUAUUGGCUUCGAAGUCUUUGAAUUUGACCUCGCUUAUUAAUGCUUUGAAGGAUUCAGGUUUGGCUGUCAGUUUAUUUGAUGAACUUGCAACUGUGAAUACUUUCCAAACUGUUAUUGGUAAUGCCUUUGCUGCAUUUGCUGGUGAUUGUUCAAAGGCUGGUUCCUAUUUCCCUGGCUCUGGCUCUGGCUCUGGCUCUGGCUCUGGCUCUGGCUCUGGCUCUGGCUCUGGCUCUGGCUCCGGCUCCGGCUCCGGUUCAGGUGUAGGGACCACUACCACAAGCACAGGAAACAAUGGUGGCUCAAGUCCCAGCGGUACUGGACAAUUAGUUUGUAAGAGAAGAAGAAGAAAGAGAGCUUUCCACUAA